GGAUUGAUAGAUCGGUAUACUACAAGAUAGUGAGUAAAUAAGUGUGCAUGGCCGUCCGCACCGAGUGAAUUACCGUGUACCGAAACCAAGUGCCAUUUCAUUUUUUGGAUUAGCAUGGGUAUGAAAUGCCAAAUCUGCCGAAAUCGGAAACAAAUGAGGAGGGUGACCGAGGAUACCUCGAAGGUCUAGCCUCCCGCUAUGCAGACCUCUUCAGCACCCACUACGUCGACGUGCUGGCCCACCUAGACGACCUGAGGAGGAUCGAGUGGGUCGAAACGUCGGCAGCGGCGGACGAGCGGGCCGCCCCUUUGCCUGCCCCUGGGACGCCGCCUCAGCAGCUGCCCUCACGCAGGAGUCCCACGACGAUGGGCGGAAAUGGGGCAGCUGCUUCUUCGUCGUCGCAUCAGGUCGUUUAUGCCCCCGGGAAGUAUUCGCCUUCGAGUUGCUUGAGCGACAAAGAAGAAGACGAAAUCUACGGCUUCGGAUACGGCGUGUUUGCCGCCCAAAUCGCCAGGCAACAACAACAGAGGUUGUUGGGCCAACAACAACAACAGGCGACGAGCCAUCAACCUCUUCUGCUGCAGCAACAACACCACAACUAUCAAACAUGUCUCAGCCCAAGAUCAGCAUACUUCUAUGAAUUCCCUCCAAAUGCCGACCAGACUUAUACGAAUACGGGAGGCAAAAAACGAACGACUUUUUCCCGAUUUCUACGUGGUCUCAAGACCUCCCAUCGCAAAGAGAAACAUGGGGGUGCAAGUUCUCCCCGACAUGCGAGGGCAGCGUCCAGGGGAGUUCCGCAAAGGGUGGAUACGCCAGACAGCGUGCUACAGAGUGGUCUGGGUCUAACCGACCUAGGUCAACACGCCGUUUUGAGGUCCAUGGUAGAUCCCAGGGACUAUGAUAGGUUGAGGCAUUUGCAAAUGAACGGUGGUACCCCGAAUACCUUCGAAGAGACCAUAUACAAGUUGAAAUUGCAAGAGGCGAUGAGAAAACGAGAAAAAUUCACAAAGGAACACGAAGACAUUCUGAGGGACAUCAAACAGGGUUUAUUACAGUUAGGAAAAGAAGGAAUUCGAGGACCGUUAUCUGGAGACGACACCUACAUGUACGAUGAGGACGCGUGCAUGCUUGCGCCCCCCGCCCACGCCCAUGCCCACGCCCAUUCCCGCCCCGCCCACUGGUACGACGAACCGCCCUAUGAAAGUGAUCCGGAGGAUUUUCUCAUGGGGGGUAACGGCAACGGGGAUGGCGGUCCGACGGCGACCUACCGCAACGGCAGGGUGUGUUUCACCCUCAACCUGCGCCAGGAGCAGCGCGGCGAGGGGGUGAUCUCCUUGAGGAGCGCGGGGGACAUAACGGUGCCGAGAGACGCGGGGGGAAUGGAGGGGACCACGAGGAGGGGGCUGAUUCUGCCCUCGCAGGCGGGGUAUCCUCCCGCUAUCAUACCUCUGAGGUCUUCUCGAGACAGAGACAGAGAGAGCGGCGACUACGCCGGCUCCGACGUCCAGAGCAUCGGGUCGCGGCUCUCCGGCUUGUCGGUGGACACGAGCCGUUCCGAUCCCAAUCACCCCCACCACCGCUUGGUCUCGCCUCCCCAAUACUACGCGCAGACGCACGAAGGCCAGAUGCGGCAUUUCCAUCGCAAGGGAGGCGGUGGGGGGUGUUCGAUGAGCGAGGGGGGAUUGUCGCCGGGACAGAGCUCGGACUACGAGGACCAGGAGGAGUUUAGCAAUUGCAGCCAACAGAUCGCCACCGUGCACGUGUCGAGCGAAUCGCGGUCUGCCGGCGUAUCGGGAAUAGUCGGCAAAGUCCGUGGCCUCAGAGAAGACGUCCAAAGGAAAAUCUCGAGACUGAAGGGCGACAAUGAGCAAGUUUUCCAGUGCUCUGCCAGUUCGGUGGAAAGUCUGCCCAGCGGGUCUGGAUCUAGUACGCAAGCAUUAGUUAGAGCAGGUAGUAACCAUAGUUCGAUAUCGACUGAAGAAGCCGAUCCGAGCCCUACGGAUCAAAUAGUGGGAAGGGCAAGGGCUCUGGUAGAUCAAACUCCUAGUCCAUAUGAUACGGAAGCAUUGAAAUUUAAGGCUGGUGAUAUAAUAGACAUAGUUUCGAUGAACGCGAGCGGCCAAUGGCGAGGCAUCUGCCGAGGCCGAAAAGGCACCUUCAAGUUCAUCAACGUGGAACUGCUGUCGGAACGCUCGGUGAAGUCGAAGAGGGACGUCAAAUGGCACCGGAACAUCUCGGGCCGACCCGCCUCUGUGGAGGACCUCCUCAUGCGCAUCGGUUUGCACGAUUACAUUUCGGUGUUCGUGUUGAACGGUUACGAGGAUUUGGAGCUGUUCAAAGAGAUCGAGCCGUCCGAUCUGGACUAUUUGGGGAUUGUGAAUGCGGAGCAUCGGUCGAAGUUGUUGGCUGCCGUGCAGUUCCUGCACGAUCUAGACUCGGGCAGCGAGGGCGACAUUGCCGGCUCGAUGAGCAGCGGCGACGAGCAACACCGCACCACCAUCUGCGGCAACAACGUCAUCCACACCUCGCGCGAAACGAUCGGCUCGCCGUUCGGCAUUCGUCGGCAGUUUCCGCGCGACUCGGGCUGCUACGAUGCGCCCCCCUCGAAAGGUGGCGGCAACAAUCGACAGAACAACCAUCGGCUGACGUCACCGACGCAGGGGGAGUCGGAUACUAGCGAUAGUGCAGGGUUUAGCGAGACGACGAGAAAUAAUUUGGAUUCGGUGGUGGAGCAGUGUAACAACGAGAUUUUGGCCAGGGUGAAACAGGCCCAAAUCAACUCGAUCAACCUGAAAGAGGAGCUCUGCUCGUACCAACCCAACAUCCCUACCGGCUGUCCCCCGCAAGGCCCUAUCGCAUCCAUCGAGAUGCAGACUCUGCAGCCGCAGCAGCAGCAGAAGCCGAAAGAUUCCUAUCUGGUGCCGGCAUCGAAUCGAUCGCCAUCGACAACUCCUCUAACGCGAUGAGGAGUUGCCUCAGCGAAAAGUCGAGCGACUCCGGAGUGAGCAGCAGCUCUCUGUCCUCCGCCAACGCCAAAGAAACGCGCCCUCUGGUGCAGUCCUUCGCCAUUGAUCAUCGUCCCUUCGCCGGAUUCAAGAAGAAGAGCCCCAAAACCUAACUACAAACUAUUUUCGCGAGUGAUGACUGAACGGCGGGAGCGAAUUUUUGACGAAACUUAUUCAUUCACGAAGCAUUUUUAUAGAAACUAUUGUUUUUGAGGGGGGAAAUCCAUGAAAUGCAUUGAAAGCUGCCCCCACACAUGCUCGAAUAGCAAACGAUUUCGGACAAAAUUUGCUUCCCUGUCGAUGUAAGACUACUACGUACUUCCAUUAUCUGAUUUAAUAAUCAGCUGUAGCUAAAGUCUUUAUGCUUCUGGUGGGUAAUGUAGAAUCCAAAAUUCUCAAUCAAAACGAAUACCAAUCAAAUUGAAUGUAUUAUUUCUUAGGAAUUCUCAACUGCUCCGUAUUUUUGUGUUUCAUUUGGCACAGCGUUUAUUGAAUAGUGCCAAUUCCAUUAACACAACUGCCAAUAAUAAUUGUAAUAGGCUCAAUUUUUUACAAAAACGAUGACGAACACAUUCCAUUUCUAUAAUAAUAUUAUUAUUUAUUCGUUCAUUUGGUUUCUCUGAUACGAUAAAGCGCUCAUUCCAAACGGCGUUUCGUAUCAGUAAAUUCUGCAGUGGAUGAUUCUCGUUUACAUAACCUUAUAUUGUAUUCUUCCAUUUUUAUUAUAAACUACUUUUCUAUGAUUAUUUAUCAACUAUCGUCUGAGAUAUAUCUAAAAUAUGGACUGGAACUAAAAUAAUAAUAAUAAAAGCAAUUUUUCUAAAGGUAAAACUUAAUUAGAAUGAAUGUUAAUAAACGUGAUAGCGAAAUAAUUUGAAUUUUUAUUUCGCAAUUAGGAUAUUAUAAGCGUGUAUAUAAAAGUUCACUGUAUAUUCUGUAUAUAUUUCUUCGAUGAUAAAUGCAACUAGUCUUUUUUAUUUUGUAUAUAGAUAAAGCUUCUACUUAUAGUUGCAGUUUUUCAUUUUGACUGGAUCAUAUGUGUAUUUCGUCAUACGCAUAUCAUACAUGUAAUUACUUGUAAUUAGAAAGUGUUAUAUAUGUCGGUAAUAAAAUAGAAAAUUUAUU